AUGGCGAAGUUUCUGACCCUUCUCGCGACGGGAGCGAGUCUUGUAUCGGCCGCACUCCACGUUUCGCAAAACGAUACCACUAUCACCGUUGCCAAUGAUCGUCUCACAGCGGUGCUGCGCAGAAGCGCUGGUCAGAUUGUUGACCUGUCCCUUGAUGGCCAGGAUCUUCUGGGGCCCCAGGCGGGGUCAACAGGUAUAGGUCCAUACUUGGAUUGUUAUUGUAUCCCGUCCGGUUCCUACACCGCAGGUGCCACCACUCCGUCAACGGAGGUUGUGCAAGGAGUCGAUUCCACGGGAACCAAGUACGCUGGUAUGAUUCUGACCGACACCUACACUCCGACGGGGCAGCAAUUCCAGCAAUACUGGUUCUUGCGUGAUGGUGAGACCGGCCUUCACAUGUUUAGCCGGCUGUCCUAUUACAACGAGACUACACCGUUCCUUCGUAACCUACAGGAGCUUCGGACCCUGUUCCGUCCAAAUACAGCCUUGUGGACCCAUUUGACUUCGAGCGAUGUGCAAACCGCCCCUCUGCCAAGCAAGGAUGCCGUCAGCCACGAAGUUGUCGUCCAGGAUGCUACCUGGACCUUCAACAACACCACAACCGACGCCUACUACACGCAGUUCUCCGACUAUUUCACAAAAUACACCUUUUCAAAUCCUUGGAGGAAUAACAGCGUCCACGGUCUGUACGCCGAUGGCACCAAUUCUUCUGGAACUACAUACGGAGCAUGGCUUGUCAUGAACACCAAGGAUACAUAUUAUGGAGGCCCAAUCCAUUCGGACUUGACUGUGGACGGAAUCGUCUACAACUAUCUCGUUUCCAAUCAUCAUGGUGAAGGAACUCCAAACAUCACAAAUGGAUUUGACCGAACCUUCGGACCUCAAUUCUACUUCUUCAAUGGCGGCAAGGGAUCUCAUUCGCUGAAUGAGCUGCGCGCUGAAGCUCUAGAGCUGGCAAAGCCGGAAUGGAAUGCUGCAUUCUAUGACUCUAUUGCGAAGCACGUUGUGGGUUAUGUCCCAUCGGGCCAACGAGGAAGGGUUCGGGGAACUGUGAAGCUUCCCAAGGGUGCUGUCCGACCUAUUGCCAUUCUAACUGCCAAUGGCGUUUACCACCAAGACAACAGCGCCGUUGCGGACGCUUACCAGUACUGGGUUGACAUCGGAUCAGAUGGGAGCUUCGCCCUGGACCGCGUAAAGGAGGGAAAGUAUCGUCUUACCAUUUACGCGGAAGGGAUUUUCGGCGAUUUUAUCCGCGACGGCAUCGUUGUGCGUGCAGGAAAAUCAACCACAGUCCGCGAUAACUGGGAAGAAGAAUCCGCGGGAACGGAGGUCUGGCGACUUGGAAUCCCAGACAAAUCUUCAGGCGAAUUUCGCCACGGACGUGCCAAGGACACCACACAUCCCCUUCAGCCCCCCGAGUAUAUGAUCUAUUGGGGUGCUUAUGACUGGACCCAUGACUUCCCUGACGGCAUUAACUACACCAUCGGCAAGAGUGAUCCGGCUAUAGACCUGAAUACAGUCCACUGGUCAGUAUUCGGUCCAACCCCAUCGAACCCCCAUGUCGAGUACGAUACCACCUAUGACUGGAAUAUCCACUUCAAACUGGACGCAAAGCAACUACGCCAGCGGAAAACGGCAACUCUUACUGUGCAGUUAGCCGGUGCAAAGACAGCAGCUGGCAACACAGAUGUCUGGAAUCCUGCGGAAACCUACAAUAAUCUAUCUCUUGAGAGUUAUAUCAACGACCACUCCGAUCCUCUGACCCUGGUGAUUGGAUUCAAUCAAUCCAGCAGCUGCAUUGUCCGGUCUGCCGUUAGUUGCUAUCAGGUUAGCUCCCGUAUGUCGUUCCCCGCAAAUUGGCUCCACGAGGGAGACAACCUGCUGCGACUCCAUCUCCCUUUCAACGCAACCGACACGGAAACGGCUAUCUUGCCUGGAACUGUAUACGUGCAAUAUGAUGCGCUGCGGCUGGAAGUCAAAUGA